UUGCCAUGGAUACGCGUCACUGGGCAACGCGGCGGCUGAGCGUGAUUCUGAUCCCGGAACAAAUAUCAAAACAAGCGAUGGAGCAUCCAGUUUUUUACACUUUUCUCUGCCUUUUUGCGCAAUGUAGGCUUAUAAACUUAGUUGUUUGAAACCACUAGAGUUAAAACAGUUUGUCUCGGGACUGAAGAGCAAUAACAGCCGCCGAUACUCGCUGUGCAGCCCAACUUCUUGUGAGGAAACGAAGAUUUACAGCUCUCUGUGUUCAGCGUUAAAGCUAAUUUACAUUUCUUUUUCUGCAGUUUAUGUCUUCAUGACCGUUAUUGUAAAUCCCGAGAAGAUCGUCACGAACGUCCUCGGACUCUGUGAGCUUGUUUAGCCCACACAGACCUUCUCUUCAGCACCGAGUGUGUGUAGAGAUACAACCAAUUAGCAGCAUGCCAGAAGACCAAAACUGUAAGCUGCUCCAGACAUCCAAGAACACAGACAAUAAGAAGAAGAAAAAGAAGAAAAGAAAGAAAGCCACCGCUUCCAACACUCCUCCAGAAGAUGCAGAGAAACGUCAGACUGAGAUGUCCAAGCUCAGAGCCACUACUACGAAGGAUGGAGAGUGGCUCGCUGGCAGCGGCCGCAGGAGCAAGAAACACCCCAAGGGUUCACCGGCUCGGCUGACGGCAACAAACAAAACCAGUGGCAGUGUGGCUCCGGCGCAGGGGUAUGUGUCAGAGCUCAGCGCCCAGGCCAGGGAGAGCCUGAGGUGGGAGGGAGUGCUGGAGGACCCCCAGGCUGAGGAGAAGAGGCUGGAGCUGUACAGGGCCAACAGGCGGCAGCGUUACAUCGCACACAGAGAGGCUCUGUUAAAGGAAACGCAGGAUACACUGAGACAGACUUUUCCUAAAGAGGUUAAAGAGAAAAAGGCUUCUGAGCAACAGAGGUCUGUGUUAUCAUCACCGCAUCUGAGUGCAGAUUGAAUUAAAGAAGAAAAUGAGAGUCUUGUUCAUUUACAGUAUAAUUAUUAUGCUGUUAGUUCAGUUAAAAACAGAUGAAGCCACUGUGGCCACUGGACCCCGUCAAGAUGUUGGACUGAAGAAAAAUUUAACAUGUUUCUGAUUCAAUAAAAACACCAGAUAGAUAUACUGUCAGGUACAAAACACAUAUCACACAUAUUACACAUAUCAACAGCUGUCUGACCUCCUCCUGUUCAAGAUACCUGUUAAAAACUUAAUAGAGGAUUUGAACAGUUUAUCUUGUGCCUCUAAAUUAUGUAACGCUUCCAGAAAAGACCCAAAGUGGAUCUUUGAGGACUGAAACCUAAUCAGGCUAAUACCACUGCACCCUCCUCACAUCUGCCUGUUCACAGGUCCGUGAGGUAGAGGAGGGUUAAAUACACGGGAGGGGAGGUCACAUGACCUUUCUUUUGAACUUCUUAUGAACUUUUAAAUAUAGGUGAGCAAUUUUCUUUUUCUUCUUUUUUUCUCACAAAAAUACCCAGAAAGCCUCCAACAGAGUGGAUGUUUCAUUAAAACUGAAAUUUAAUUGUAACAAUGCGCUUCUCCUGUAUGUUGUCACUCCGUCUAAUAAAAUAUGUUUAAAAGUUCAAACUGUUAUAAGCAUAUUGCCUGACCUGAUGGACCAGUGAGCUAAUGUGCAAAGUCCUGAAUCCAUCCUGAACCUCUGUUGCUUUUCUUUCUUUUUCCUUAUGUCCUGCAGCUCUUGUCACUGAGUGGCAGCAGCACUGGUGUGUUAAUAUUCUUUUAUCCUGACAAAGUACUGAAUCACUGCUGCUGUGUCUGUCUAGUG